AUGGAGACAGGCGAGCCAUCAUCGCGUGGCCGUGAAGAGGCACGACUCGAUGCAGAGCCUAUCGUCGAGCAACCACAGCGCAUCUCUAACCCGCCAGAGCGGAGCCAGCGUGCCCCUGAUGAGAUUUUCGACAUGUGGAUGGACUAUCUCAUGACCAAGGAUCGCAUCGACGACAAGGGCAGAGCCGUUUGCCAGAUGAUCAAGACCAAUUACGAAAGAAUCCAAACCGAGAUGCCGGCUGAUCUAGCUGGUCGGCUGGCCCUAGAUCUCGCCAUUUUCACCAGGGACUCCUUGAUGUCCGACUACGACAUUCCCGAGCAUAAUCCGGUUUUUCAAAAGGUCACCGCCAAGGCCAACAGACGGAAAAACUCAACGGAACUCCUCGCGGUCACUUUCCCUCAGUGGUUCUUUCUGGCCGUUACACUCGGGGUCAACAACCCAUCGCUUGCCCCAGUGAAGGAGUUCAUGGAAGCUCACUGUGGAUGUGAGUUUUCGUCAAAUGACAUCAACUUCGACUCCCUCCCGGCGGAAAAGUGUCAUGAACUUUUCAGGGAUUUGAAGAGCUUCGACUUGCCAGGGACACACCGGGCAGACGAUAACAUCGAAUGGUCCGUAGACAGCGAUGCUGAAACAAGCGGCGAAGAUGGUGAUGACUCCACCACAACCUCAGGUCCUGGAAGCGUUAACACGUUUGCAUCCAUCAAGAACAUCCCCGGAUCCCGAACACCUCCUGUCUUACCAACGCCGUCUAACGAGCUUGAUGGACUACCGGACACCGAUGUAGGCACCUCGGGGUCCAGUGUCACAGAUGCUUCAGCAGCCACCGUUACAACAACCUCGAGUUGUAUUGAUGCUACCAAUUUGCCUGGCGUCAGCGUUGGAAUCAUGGGCUCUGGUAAUACAGAUACAUCAACAGCUCCUGAUUCCGGAGGCUUGGGUGAUCUCGGUAAUGCCAUGGCAGUCACCACGGAAUUCGAUGCGGAGUUAGACAGGGUUAUUAGUCGAUUCCAGGACGAAGCAUUGGUGCUUUCUGAGUCACUUGCACGGGGGAUUAUCUCGUCUUCAACCAGCUCUGCUGCUCCAUCCUCUGUUGGGGCAGUUAUUCCGUCUACCAGCAUUCUUCCCGAGUCAAAUGACAACGCAACCGAUUCUUCUAUCGACAUUACUACUGGGCCAUCUACGCACAACCCAACCGACUCGUCUGCUGCCAGCGCGCCUGAUGCAUCUCCUGUUGGGGUAAUUGUCUCCUCCACUGGCAACACGGCUAAUUCGUCGGCUACGAACCAACCUAGCGUAUCCCCCGGGACAAUCAUUCGAUCUGCUAUCAACUCUGCUGGGCCGUUUCCUGCCAAUACUGCUAGCAACAUACGUGGAAUCUUUCUUGAUCAGUCUUCCAUCAAUGAUCGCAUACGGGCUGCCCAAGACUUGAUCGAUUCGAUCUAUCAAGCACAAGACACUAUGACCAGUUUGGAAACGAACUUUCAGUCCCUACGACAAGAGGUGAGUGAUUUUACACAAGCGAAAACCCUCGAGAUGAAGAAAGUUCGCGAGGACCUGCACGCCGCGCAGAUAGGUUUUUUGUGUGACAUUGAAGCACUCCGCAAACGACAAGACCGUCUCAAAUCGAUUUUUGAUAAGAUUCACACCAGAUUAAUCGAUAAACACCGAGAACGGUUUAAUGCAAUCAAGGAGGAGAUAUCGGCAGGAUACGAGCAGAUGAGACGCUACGCAGGCGAGUUUCGCUCCGAUAUCAGGAAGGUUAUCGACAACCACAACAUCGUCCUGAACCAGGUAAAGCGCGUUGAGCGAAGUAUCACCGCUCUCCAGAACAAGGUAAAGUACAUUGAGAAAAUUAUCACCGCUAUCCAGAACCAGGUAAAGCGCGCUGAGGAAAGUAUGACUGCUAUCCAAAACCAGGCUACAGGCGCUGUGGCAAGUGUCAAUGCUCUGUCAAUACGGGUAUCCGUGAUGGAACAGACACUUGCUCUGGUCCCAGCUCUGGUUCGGUUCUGUGCUCAACUAAGAGAAUCUCUGAAGUCCUUUUCUGGCCCGAACCAAGAACUUGCUUCCAACAAUGGUGGCAACAAAAGAACCGGUGAACAAUCCAAACAUGGCAAUGGAAAGCGACAGCGAACUAUGGAGAAUGAAACCGAGUAA